AUGCCCGCAUUGUCAGCUUGCCAACGAGACACAAUUCUCAGACAACAAUCAACACGCCCGCCUUUUGCACCCUUCACAGUCUGCUGCGACCUCACCUGCACUCCUCCACACCACCACCACCGCCACCACCAACAACCCCUCACUAAGCAACCCCCCCGCUCUCCGCAGCCAUGGACCAGAUCAAGAAGCGCAUGGAGGCUCUCCGCGUCGAGGCCGACGAGAGCGGCGCCAAGGCCGAGGAGUACAAGGCCAAGGUCAAGCAGCUCGAGGGCGAGACGACACAGAAGGAGCAGGAGAUCACGUCGCUCUCGCACAAGAACUCAGUCCUCGAGGGCGAGGUCGAGAAACUCGAAGCGCAAGUCAAGCAGUUCAAGGACGAGGCCGGUGCAGGUGCUCAGGCCGGAACCCAGGCCGAGAGCCUGCAGCGCAAGAUCCAAGUGCUUGAAGAAGAGGCUGAGGAGUCUGACAGGACCAUCCGCGAGCUCAACGAGAAGCUCCGCCAAACCGACGUCAAGUCGGGCCACUACGAACGCAAAGUCCAGGCUCUCGAGCAGUCCCGGGACCAGUGGGAAACCAAGUACGAGGAGAUGGCCAAGAAAUACGCCGACACCAAGAAGGAGCUCGAUGACUUUGUCAAGGAGAUCGGUAACAUCUGAUCUUCCUGGCCACAACUCUCCUUUGCGGUGGUUGACUCUUGCCAGUGGACUACCCCGUCUAGAGCGCCAAAUCUAA